CUUAAAAAUGUUUUAAAAUGGCGUUAAAUGUGUUUCCCUGUGGUUAAAGUAAAGGAAACAAAAUGGAAGAAAACUUCCCGAGAGGUGGUAGCUCAAAAAGAGUUAAAAAAGACUCUGCCCCUGUUAAAGUAGAUGAUGCAGACCUUUUCCAUUCAGAAGAAUCCGAAACACCAAAAAAGAAACGAAAGAAAGAAUUUGGAAAAGAAAAUGUUGCUAAGAAAGUGAAAGUGACCCCUAAGAAUGAUAUAUCUGAGAAAAUUGUAGAAAGAACAUGUGCCUUGAAGAAAAAUAUGGUGAGCAAUGGGAUGCUGUUGAUGGGGAGUGUAACAAAAGUAGAAGACUAUUCCUUGUGUGUGGGACUUCCCAAUGGCUUGUCGGGCUCUGUCCAAAUCACUCACAUCUCUGAUGCUUACACACAGCUUCUCCAAAAACUGACAGAGGCCUCUUCUAGUGAAUCUGCAAAUGCUCUGGAUGUCCCCAGUCUUCACGAAAUAUUCCGUGUUGGUCAGUUACUGCCGUGCAGGGUGUUUGAGACGUCCGCUUUUAAGAAAAAGCAUAAUUUCAAACUGACCAUCAAUCCAAGGGAGAUCAAUGAGGGUAUGGUGGCCAGUCACAUCAAGAAUGGUAUGGUACUGCAUGGCUGUAUACAGAGUCUGGAGGAUCAUGGUUAUGUGGUGGAUAUUGGUAUCAGUGGAACCCGAGCCUUUCUUAACCACUCAGAUGCUGAGAAGUUCAACAAUGGUGAAUCUCUCCAUGUUGGUGAAGCGGUUCGCUGCUUAGUGACCACUGAAGGUGAUGGGUCGGAGGAUGUUGGAGAGAGUCUACGAGUAGUCAAGGUCUCUAUAGACCCCAAAAAAGUGUCCAAAUCACAGCUGGGAAGCUCAGUGAGACUACCAUUAACAUGUAUUGUGCCAGGAAUGAAAGUCACAGCUAAAGUAACGAAGGCUGAUGAGGAUAGACUGCUGGUAAAAUUUCUUCAGUUCCGUGGACACAUCCACUGUUCUCACCUACCUAAGCCAGCCAUGACUUACAAAACUCGACCUGAGAUUGAAGCUGUUGUUUUAUAUGUUAAUGGAAGCACGAAGAUUAUCUCCCUUUCUGCUCUACCUCACCUGGUUGACUAUUCCGGUGUUGCGACGGAGAAUCAGUUUGGCUCACUCCAGCGUGGUGAUAUCCUUACGAAUGCAACUGUGACCAAUGUGGACAGUCAUGUUGGAGUUUAUUUUUCACUGGACGAUGGCGUAAAAGCUUUCUGUGAUAUUCCAAAUCUCAGUGACAGUUUGGUUGAAAAUGUCAAAGACAACUUCAAAAUCGAUGACAUUCACAAGUGUCGUGUAAUGGAUUUCAACCCUGUGGACAAUCUGGUGAUAAUCAGUCUGAAGAAGUCCAUCUUUACAAAAUUUUUACAGUUUCAAGAUAUAUUACCAGGCACAACUUUAGAGUGUACUGUCCAUCAGAUCCAUGAGAAAGGUGUGUCCGUGAAUAUCACCAAUCGUCUGUCUGGCUUCAUCCCAAAUCUCCAUCUUUCUGAUUUCCCAUUGAAAUACCCGGGUAAAAAGUUUACUCCAGGCACUACAAUCAAGUGUAGGGUUUUAUUGGUGAACAUCAAGAAGAAACAGGUGUUGCUGACUAGGAAGAAGUCCUUGGUGAAUUCUAAACUACCCAUUCUCACAAGCUGGAGCCAGUUAGAACGUGAUCAGGUUCUGGAUGGAUUUAUUUGUAGUAUAACGGACAAAGGGGUGCUGGUCGCCUUUUACAAUAACAUAAAGGGAUGGGUUCCACGGAGGGAGCUUAGUGAAGAGAACAUUCCCUUCCCAGAGAAAGUCUUCAUCAUGGGCCAGGUGGUUAAGUGUCGAGUUUUGAACUGGGAUGAGGAAUCCAGUAGACUAACUCUCUCCUUCAAGGGUACACAAAUUAAGCUGACACCAUUUGGCAAGAACAGAGUUGUGGAGGUUCCAGAUGGCUUUGAGAUUGGAAUGCUGGUGGAUGGGAAGGUGCAGUCGGUGACAAAGACAGGUGUGAAUGUUACACUAGAACCAACAGGUGUGGAGGCAUUCCUGCCUCGUAAUCACCUGUCUGACAAUCUAGAUUGCUGCGACCUGCUGAUGACUCACUACAGAGAGGGCGUCGCCCUCAAAGAACUCAUGUACCUCAGUAAAGAGAGUGUUCUGACCGUCUCUCAUCGUAAGUCAAUGUGUGACAACACGGAUCUGGUCGUGUCCGAGUUUGAUAAGCUACAGCCUGGCUUGCUCAUUCCUGGAAGUAUAACACGACUGAUGGAUUAUGGUAUAUUUGUGGAGUUCCCAGGAGGGAUGAGAGCAUUGGUACCUAAUAAGUAUGCUGCGGACACUUCGGUUCGCAACACCUCAGUCCUGUAUGCUGUGGGUCAAGCUGUGUGUGCCAAAAUCCUGCAGGUGGACAGAGAAAAGUCUCGCAUCCUAGCCUCUCUCCGAAUGAAUGACUGUUACCAUGGUGAUACAGAUAUCGGAAUAAACCUCCUGAAAGAUAUGCUACGGGAGAUGGAUAUGGUCCAAAAAUUAUCAAAAGAGACUGACGGAAAGAAGAAAUUAUGGAAGCACCAUGUGGGGGAAGUCUGUACUGGCAAGGUCACAGAGGUCACAGAAAUUGGCCUUCUGUGUGUGUUGGACAGUGGUUGUAAAGCCGUGAUCACAAAUCAUAACGUCGAUUCAAAUGUAGAUUUAGUCAAAGGAGACGAGGUGAAAGGACUGAUCACUUAUCUAGACAUGGAGGAUGAGUGUGUUGAGUUAUGUACACUGAAGGAUGUGGUCAAGGGAUUUGUCAACUGGAAGGGUCCUCCAGCCGCCAAGAUCACAGCUGACCAGAAACUCAACUGUAGAAUUGUGUUGGUGAAGAAGAGUUUUGCGUUAGGGACACUUAAAGGGCCAGGGGCAGGAACUCUUGCUUACAUUCCUGUCAAAAGACAUCUGAAUGAUGUACUGGAGGUGUAUCAGUUCUACCCAGGCCAGGUCCACCCUGUCAUUGUUAAACAGUUAGAGAAGACACAUGUGCUGUGUUCACUUGAACUGCAUGAGAAGAGGAAGUUGGAGAUACAGGGAGUGGACAGUGAGAUGUUAAGAAAUGUGAAGACUCCCCAUGAUUACAAGGCCGGCGACAUUGUCAUGGCCAGUGUGAAAACAGUGUACCCACUACAGAUAAACAUUGUUGUGGGUGAAGCACAUGGACGGGUACACAUCUCUGAAGUCACAGACACCAUCGACAAUGGGGAGAUGCCAUUGAAUGACCUUCAGCCGGGAGAAGAAAUCAGGGUCAAGGUCGUUGGAUUCAGGGAAGGAAAAACUUAUAGUUACCUGCCAAUCAGUCAUCCUAACCGUAAAUAUGCCCUGUUGGAGUGCUCAGUCAAACCCAGUAAGCUGAAGAAGGAGGAUGUUGACUCCACGGUUGAGAAGGAACAUACCUAUACUAUAGGGGAUCGUGUUCAGGCCUUUGUUCAGAAUUACCACAAAGGUAUCCUGAAUGUUAGCGUGAGCUCUACUGUCCAAGGCCAGGUCAGCCUAGUAAACCUGUCUGAUGACCUCACAGUACUUGAAGACCCAGAUAAACACUUCGUGCGUGGCCAGGGCUACAACGCCACUGUGAUAGGGGUGGACAACUGUAAGAGACUUGAUCUCUCCUUCACAGACAAAGGAGAGAUAGAAGUAGGCCAGAUAGUACGAGGGUGUGUGCUUACUACUACUUUUGCCUUGGAGCUUCAGCUUGCCCUGUCAAUGGGAUACAAGGGCAUGGCUUCCUGUACUGACCUGUCUGACACAUACACAGACAACCCUCUCCGCAGUUUUAAACAUGGCCAGAUCAUGGACUGUCGUAUCUUGUCUGUAGAUAAACAGAUUAAACUGUGUGGGGUGUCACUCCGACAGUCAAGACUUAAGAAAACGAAGAAGUCUAGCAAGAUCCAGGACCCAGAAAUAAACGGUGUUGAUUCUGUCUCCAAAGAUCAGGUUGUCCGUGGCUAUAUAAUAGGCUUCAACAAAGGUCUCCUUACGGUGUGCAUAGGAAAUGGAGUUCAUGGAACAGUCAGUAGAGAAGAACUGUCCGACUACCAAGUAAAAUCCCGUGGGGCAGUGUUCUACAAGGGACGGGUGGUCACUGCACGAGUCCUCAGUGUGGAGGAAACAGUGUCGCUGACUCUGAGGGAAAGUCGUACUGGUGUAACAGACCUUGUCCCACCUGACAUGAGGACAGGGUCUUCUGGUUCAAAUAAAGAGUCAGCCAAAACAGAUGUCAAAGCCCGCAAGCGAAAACUUUCUGAAACAGACACAAGCAGUGCAAAGGGAGGGAACUCAUCACAGGACUCGGAGGAAGAAACAGAAGCAAAGAAAGUCAAGGGAAAGAAAGAGAAAAAUGUUGCGAAGAAAAAAACAAAAGCUAUCAACAAUCCUACAGAAAAUGAAGAGAAGAUCUUAGCCACUCCUCCUGCCUGUGAGAUCAGUAAAAUGCCACGCCUCUCCGUAGCAGCGGGGUUAUCUUGGGAUGCAGACCUUGCGAGGGAUUCUCUCCCAACUCCGUCAGACAGCGAUGAGGAUGACAGCGAUGAGGAAGAUAGGAGAUCAACAAAGAAAACAAAAGCUGAAAUACGAGCCGAGAAGAAAGAAGAAGAAAAGAAACUAGAUGAGUUUGAGAGGCGUCAGCUUGAGGGAGAUAAUCAGCCGGCAACAGUGGAUGAAUUUGACCGUCUAGUACUGACGUCCCCAGAUAGUUCGCUGGUCUGGCUCCAGUAUAUGGCUUUCCACUUACAGACUGCAGAGAUCGACAAGGCACGUGCUGUGGCUGAGCGUGCUCUCAAAACCAUCUCCUUUAGGGAGGAGCAGGAGAAGCAGAAUGUUUGGGUAGCCUAUCUGAACUUGGAGAACAUGUAUGGUAGCUCAGAUUUGCUCCAUAAGGUGCUGGAGAGAGCAAUUGCUCAGAACGAGCCAUCCAAGAUCUACACUCAGAUGAUCAACAUUUAUGUCAAAUCCGGCAAGAUAGAUGAAGCUGAAAAUCUUCACAACAAGUUGGUGCGUCGUUACAGCCAGGAUAAAGAAAUAUGGAUCAGUUUCAUGAUGUUCUACUAUAAACACGAACGUGUAGACGAUGCACGUAAACUUCUUCAGCGUUGCCUGAAAAGCCUCAACAUCAAACACCAUGUGGAGAUGAUAGCUAAAUGUGCCCAGCUGGAGUUCAAGUUUGGAGACACAGAACGUGGCCGUACUAUGUUUGAGAGUGUCCUAGGUAACUACCCAAAAAGAACAGACUUGUGGUCAGUUUACCUGGACAUGGUGGUCAAGACUGGUGAAUGUCAGGAAGCAAGACAACUGUUUGAGAGAGUGAUUCAUCUAAAGCAAUCUGCUAAGAAGAUGAAAUUUUUCUACAAAAAGUAUUUAGACUUUGAAAAGGAGCACGGAGAUUCUGAGGCAGUGGAAAAUGUUAAGAAGAAAGCAUUAGAGUAUGUGGAAUCUCAGGGAUACACAGAUGAGUGAACAGAUUCCUCGGUUAUGUGAAUCGGCUUGACAAAAUUCAAUAUCCUUAACAGGAACAAGGAAGUGCAGCUAGUUUUGGUUGUAAAGUCUGUAUAAUAGAAAAUAUACAAGUGACAAUUUAUGCUGUAGAAUGCGGCAGUGGUUCUCAAUACUCUCGGAAACACAUUACUUGAAUUACACGUAUACAUGUACAACUCUAAAUUAACAGUGGCAUGCAUAAUGGCGCUUUGGUAGUAGAAAUGGUGUUUUCCCAGACUGAAAUAUAGAUAUAUUAUUCCUGUUCGUUUGUCAUUGGAAUGGGAAAAAGGUUUCAUUAAAAGAUUUUCAUGUCUUAUACACACAGACCGUGAAAAAUUCAUUAAAUGUCCAUGCCCUUUCAUUCAAUAAUUAAAUUAAAUUUUAUGGAAAAA